UUACCUGCUAGGACUCAAGCAGCAGCCCACUGACGUAACGGUUACCUUGGCAACCGAUUAGGCGUCGCCAGUCUCAACUGCAAAUUCAUGAGUGCGCAUUUCUUCAUGGAGACGUCCCGUCCCGUCAGGAGGGAAAAACGGCCACGGCUACGCGCAAUGGGGACCAACUAGCUCAUGACGGACAAUAAAGCAGAUGUGUUUUCCCAGCCGUUCGUGCUGUAGCGGAGCUGGACGCGCCGACCUGAAACAUCACCGCUGUGACGGGGCUGUUGUUGAUAACGUUACCCAGCAGCAGCCAACAUGGCUGAGGAUGACACGGAGUGGGUUGUGGAGAGCAUCGUGGGCUACCUGGGGAGUCCCGAAUGGGUCAUUCCUGUCACGGACUUUAUGGAAAACAAAUGCACAGUUUUUGAUGACGAGGAUGAAAAUAAGUUAUCAUACACAGAAAUCCACCAGCAGUAUAAGAAACUGGUGGAGAAGCUGUUAGAGAAUUACAUGCAGGAGGUUGGCAUCAACGAGCAGCAGUUUCUGGAUGCGUGCUCUUCUCCCUUUGCCAAGUCCAAAACUCUGCAGUCGGUAUUCCAGCCAGUUCUGGCCACAGAUGAUUUCCAGAUGUUUCGUGCACUGAUGGUCCAGAAGAACAUGGAGCUGCAGCUUCAAGCCCUCAGGGUCAUCAAGGAGAGGAAUGGGGCCCUCCCAGAGUGUCUGACUGAUGGCGUGGACGUGAUGACAGAGUUGCAGCAGCAAGAGAUGAAAAUCCUGCAGGAGGUUCUCAAAAAGUCAAAAGAGGAGUAUGAUGAAGAAAUGUCCAGGAGGCUGCUAUUAGAGGAAGAGCUCGGUUCCACCUCCAGCAGCUGCUCUGAUAAGCCAAUGGCAGAGAUUGGUCCUGCCCAGAAAGCCACCACUGCUCCCAGUCGACAAAGCAACACCACCAAGACCAAAGGUGAGGGGACUGUUGACAGCAGCAGCAGUAAUGGUCACCACGCCCCACUAAAGAACAGAAACACUGCCACUGAAUCUAAACUGGUCAACGGUAAACCUGCCAGAAAAGAGGAGAGCAAGAUGUCUGCCACAAGAGGUGGAGAUGAGAAACACGCAGCUACCUCUUCUAAGCCGGAUUGUGGCAGCAACAGUGCGGAGCCCAGAGUCCUCCCAGCAGUUAGAGCUCCAGUAAAGUCUGGUGAAACCUCCGUCAGCCUCAGUCCAGAUACCAAGGAGCAGAGCAGCAGCCAGACUGCAGCUGAAGCCUGGCUGGAGGAGGCACACAGGGAGGCCGGCUUCUCCAAACCAUAUACUGAGCUGUCAGCGUCCCAGCAGGAGCAGCUCCAGCAGAGGGCAGCAUAUCUGCGUCAGCAGCGAGACAAGCUGCAUGCACUGAAGAAAGAACAGCAGAAAACCAAGCAGACCACCACGCCGGAGGAGGCACCCACCACCCCCACACCAGCACCCACCACCACCACCCCGGAGGCAGUGGGGCAGUCCCAAAGGAAUGGGGCCUGUACCCCUCCUCCUCCCGCUGCUGCUCCUGCUCCUCCAGCACAACACUCUGCUAACUCCUCCAAACAGAAGGAGAUUUCUGCCGAAGAGAGAAAGAAGCUACAGAAGAGAAAACAUCUGGCUGACAAGCUGAAAGAGGAAGUAAUCAAGAAAUAGCUUCGCCCUCCAGCUGCAAUAUUCUUAUUUAUAUCCUGUCCCUUUAAUUCAGUAAUCAAACAUAUGGCUUCCUUUACACAGCCUCCUUCAUUCUGAUUAUUCACUUUCACAACACCGAUCAGGGCACAUCAAAAGUACGAGAUCUUCCUUCAUAAGAGUCUUAACUUUUCAUUGGUGUCAACAGAUGAAAAAAAAAAAGUAUAUAUUUGUGUAUGUUCAGUGGGCCAGUAUGUUGCAGUUUUCACACUGUGAGAGACCACUCAAGUAUUUUAAGACACUAAGAUCAGUUUGACUGAGCGAGUUCAGAAAAUGUUAAGGAAACUUGGAAAAAGCGUCAUGCACCUGUCAGGGCAAGUGACGGCUGUACAUGUUAUUCAUCCAUCUGACAUUCUGCUGCCAGAUUCACCUGAGUUGUUUCCAAAAUCGCUCUGAAUUUUUGUCCCAUUUUUGAGUUUCCAGAAUCAAAGUGUUAAAUUUAUACACCGUGUGGAGACAUUAAAAAUCUGCACAGUGGAGCAAAAAAAUGCCUUCCCAGCAUGAACUUCUUGCUAAAAAAUCUCACAAUGCAACAAAUGACCUUUUAAUAGAUGAGGAAAUUACUAUUAUGCAACACUACAUCCGCCCGUAAUGGAACACAAUCCUGAUUUGAGUGUCUGAAAUCUCAUUUUCCCACUCAGUAUAGUAAACCACUGGCUGUUAGGGAAUAGUGACUAAAGGAGUGAGUUUGUUUCUCUAUAGACAGCAGUCAAAAGAUCAUUAAUGGCAAAGUGGAAAACUUAAUGUGAAACAGACUUUAUGUGAGGCACAACUGGCCUCGAGUUCUGUCAAUGAAUUAUGGGUUCAGACUUGAUCGGGAGAGUCUUAUCUUGAGGUGAUGGUAGCAUUAACUAGCACAUGUGUACAGUCUUGUUUUCUACUGUCUUUAGCGUUCCCAGAGGGAAGAGUCAGCUGGUACAUCGUAAAAGCUGGUAACACUGUAGCAGCUCAUUAAAGAGCGCUGUGGAAGUUGUGAAGAUGAACACGGGCGUCAUGUGUUCGUAAAAGGGGCCAAGAUUAACAGUGUGUGGCUUUCUACGAGGAAUGCACUAUUUACCUUCAAACCAGUCUGCAAUCUUCACUCUAAGCAAUCAUGAUGCACCAGUUUCUAUGUAAUAUUGUUACCAUGCAUGCUGUUUAAUAAAUCACAUUUUAUAGAAACUA